AUGCGUCUCUCUGCGCCAGUCCCGCCGCGCUAUUUAUGCCUUUGCAGCCGCCGCCGCCGAAGCCUCCGCCGCCCACAGCAGUCCCAGCCCCGGAAAACCGGCCACCUCGGGGUGACGGGCUCCCCAGACAGCUGGGCUCCCGGGUCCCACAGGUCCGGCCGGUCUCUGGCGCCCCACGCCCACCCGCCCGCGCCCCCGGGGCGGGGCGCGGGGAGGGGGACUCCGGAAGGCUUGGUAGGACAGCGCUGCCGCCGCCGGCACCUCCGAGGCAGCCACCAGGUGAGCGCCCGGACAGCAUUACCUGCCCUCAACCUCCACGGACCUGGCUUUCUGACCUGUGAAACGGAGGUGGCAGUAGUCCAGACCCCACAGGCUGCCGGGAAGAUUCACCUGGUGGCUUUGCACCCUGGCGGACUCCUGGUGACCCUCCCCAGUGUGCAGAGUAGAGCGUGCCAGGCGACGAACGGGGGCCCCCGGCUUUUUUCCGUUAUAACAGAAGGCCUUCUGAAAUGGGCGGUGGACCACGGUGGGGACGGCUGGGUGGUGGAAGAGAACAGGACCCCGGUGCCUGGGGCCCCCGCGCAGACCUGCUUUGUGAGUUCCUUCAGCUGGUGUCACAAGCGGCAGGUGGUGAACCUUAAGGAAGAGGGCUUCUGGCCGGAACUGCUGGAUAGCGGCCGCAUUGAGAUUGUCAUCUCUGACUGGUGGGGAGCCCGACAUGACUGUGGCUGUCAGUAUAAACUCAUUGUCCAGCUGUGGGAUGCCAACCAGGUUAUCUUGGGUGAAUUCUUCGCCACCCCUAACCCCAUUGAGCAGUGGAACAACAAUGCCUACGUUCAGGUCACCCACCUGUUUUCCAACGUGGAGAUGGGUGUCCGCUAUGUGUUUUUCGAACACCGCGGCCGGGACACACAGUUUUGGGCCGGCCACUAUGGAGCCCGGAUAACCAACUCCAGUGUGAUCGUGCGGAUAAUCCCGUCCUAGCCAAGGGCCCCCCCUUCUUGCAUAACACCCUGGCCCAAUCGGCCCAGGCUGGGACGAUCAGCCAAAUGCCCUCAUUGAUCAGGGGCUUGCACCUCUUUGGCACCCUGGAAACAACCUAUGUUCAGUCGGGGGUCCUACAGGGCUCAGCCUCCAGAUUCUAGAAACUGAUGGGAGAAAUACCCACGUCCAGAUUAUACCAACUGCUGCUGCUUUAGGGUGGUCCGUGAUCCACUAAGGGUUACCCACAGACAAGCAGGAGAGGAAGCUGGUCCAGGAGAGGACUCCUCGCUAAGCAUCUCAGUAGCAUCCUCUGUUGGUCUCUUGUCUCGUCCUGGUUCAGCUUUGCCCCACUAGGCCCCCCAGAGAAGCCUUCUCCUCACCUCUGGGCCAGGAUCUCACCCUCACGAAGUCACCGAUGGGACUUUCUGACGCUUCACGCUGCAGGGCUGGGACCAGGUUCUGCAGCUGAAAGCCAAAAAGCUAUUCCAAAAAAUGCAGAAAGAGAUGGUUCCUCCCUCCCUGAUUCUCUGAAAAGCAAGGUGGGCCCAUGAACCCAGUCCUCGGGGGCCCCCGGUGAUGCUUUGGUGUUGAAAACCGUUUCACUUUGGUGUUUUUUCCCCAAGCACUGAGAAAAUAAUUUAUUGACACGGAUCUGCCAAUCGUAUGUGAUGCAUACAUUAUUUUUCCAAAAAUG